UUCCGGUUGCACAGGUUUAAAAGCAAUUGAUUUUCUGUCUUCGUGUCGUCCUGUCAGUUUCUGUUCGGGAAACUUUUGAUUCCUCUGUUUCAUAAUCUUGUAACGACAUCUCGUUGACCGAGGUCUGAAGGUUUAUCGUUGUACAAAUUAUGAUGCUGUUGUGACGGUUAAGACGCCAGAAGGGGGAAAAAAUCACACCGAAGUAAGGAAGCGGCUCGUUAUGAUUACACCAGCUAACAGGUGGGAGUAUUGUAUGUGAGAGCUCUACAAUGUGGACAGAUAAGCAAAGAGGAAUCAGAGUUUCUCAGGAGGAGCUGCUCUGCAAGAAUGCCUGUGGGUAUUAUGGGAACCCUGCAUGGCAAGGCUUCUGCUCCAAGUGCUGGAGAGAGAGAGCACGUCAAGCCGGAGCCUCGAGACAAGACACAAGGCCGAGCAAUGAUGGAACUCCUCUCACCUUCUCUAAAUUUGAGGAGAAGAAAAACACUGAGAAAGGUCGUCGAAUUAACACAAUGAGGAGACUCUUCUGGGGCAGCCCAUCGCCUCCAAAACGUCAAGAGUCUUCUGAAAGCUAUACAAAUGUGCUAAAAGCCUACCAGAGCCUUAAGCCCGGGGACUUCACAACUUUCCUAAAGACACUUCGGAGCCCUUCCUCCCAGCGCUUGCAGUCCCAAUGUACAGCUUUCCUCAACACGAUGGAGGCAUACCAUGAUCUGCCAGUACAGAAGCAGUCAGAUCUUGUGCAAGAUUUCUACCAGUCUUUUGCUGAAUAUUUUAGUAGUUUUCCUGAGGCUCAGGUCACUCAGAUAAUGGAACAUGUGGAAAAGUUAAUAAUGACACGGUUGCACAAAUGGGUUUUCUGCCAUGACAGCUGUGAUGACGAACAGAAGGACCUGGCUCUUCAGAGGAGGAUACGCUCCUUAAACUGGGUUACUCCGCAAAUGCUGAGCGUACCUUUUCCUGAUGCGCAGACUGAAGUCUCAGGCGACCCCUUUCUGCCUGCUAUAACAGCAAUAAUUGAGAUGGAUGCCAAACGAGCACCUCAGGACAAACUUGCAUGUGUGUCCAAAUGCAGUCAGCAUGUCUUUGAAGCACUCUCCACCUCGAACAGUGAGCCCGCUAAUGCUGAUGACUUCCUGUCAGGCCUGAUUUAUGUGGUGCUGAAGGCCAAUCCACCUCGCCUACACUCCAACAUGCAAUAUGUGAUUCGUUUUGGUCUCCCUCAUAGUCUGAUGGCAGGAGAGAGCGGCUACUAUUUCACAAACCUGUCUUGUGCGGUGGCCUUCAUUGAAAAACUGGAUGGACCAGCACUCAACCUCAGUGCAGAAGAGUUUGAGGGCUACAUGCUGCGUCAGCGUGGUCCCUCUGUAGGUGAGAAGAGGCAGAAGGUUGCCAGUGAAACACAACACCUGCUAGAAGAGCUAAAAGGCAGACAGGAGAAGCUGGAUCAAGGGAUGGAUGCUCUCAACAUGGAGCUACAUAAAUGGGUCCAAGCAGUCCAUUCACAACUAGAUGAAGCAACAACCCAGUUCGCUCUGGUGGAGAAGGAGAUAACAGCUCAGGCUGAGCUCUCACAGGUUUUUUCAUCCUCAUCUCAUGCUGCACCACUGCAAGGGGAUGACAAAGACCAGUCAGUGCUGGUGCUCACGGAUCAACAUGCAGGUCCAAAAGAUACAGACUGUUAGAUAUAUGAACAAAAACUCCUAAUCUGGUACUUGACUCUUUUUAAUCAUCAGCGCUAACCCAUGGGGGCUGCAAAACAAACACAGAUUUAUAUUCUAAUACCACAUUUGCACAAGUUCCAACCACGGAAAGCUGGGAUUUGUAAGCCAGUUGAACAUGAAGGAAAAUGUCCUGAAGGAAACUUUUUGCAUUUAGUUUCACAAGACACACACAUGUUUUUAAAUUAUUUUGUUAAAAAAAGGAUUUGCACUUGUAUCCUGUAGGAUGAAGGCCAUUAGAAAUACACUUACAGUAACAUAUGUGAUUGAAUUAAUAUCUAAGCACUCAGGGUACACAGCAUUUAGGGAUCACACUUUAAGAGUGCUUAAUUAAUAUUCACAUUUUCUAAUAGUUUAAACCAAUGUGCCUAUAUGUAGACCCCUGUGAAAUAAAAAAUAUGCUACAGUAGAAAAUGUUAAAUGGAAGUUGCAGACCACUACAAGUCAGGGGGUGUGUUUAGUUAAAAUUGUGUUUUUCAGGGUUGUACAACUGUUUUCAACAUGCUGCCUUCACUGUCUGUACAAAGAUGAAAUACCUAGUGCAAAACAAUGUAUAGCACAUUUUACCAUCUGUGUUAAUGUGCAGAAAGUACAUGUUUACAACUGUUUAAAAGUGUCUGAAGAAAGUGAUCAAUGAUUGUAUCCAAUACUCUAUUAAAGUUGACUUAUAUGAU